AUGGCCCACAAUUUAUCGAAUAUCACCUAUCCACUUUUAAUUUCUAAUAGCACUGGCGCAUUGGUUUUAAUGUCGAUUAUUCUUAUUGCUUCACUGUUCUGUAACGCAUUACUGAUUUUAAGCAAAACCAAUCAACAAAGCAAAAUUACUCCAACCGAUUGGCUUAUCCUUAAUUUGGCAAUCUCUGAUUUAGGAUUUAUGAUCAUAGAGACCAUCAAAGUCAUCUUUCGUUAUACGACAUCAUCCUUUCAAAUUUUUCACAGCAAUAGCUUCAGUUGUCGGUUACUUGGUGGCUCAUCGAUUGCAUUCAAUAUGACAAAUGUUUUAACGCUAACUAGUUUAGCUAUUAUUCAAUACUGCUGCGUAUCCCGUCGUCCUAGAUCAAAGUGGUUUAUACUCUUUCGUAAAGUAUCUUUCAUUAUCAUUAUUACGUGGGUACUACCAAUCUUAACUUUGGCUCCCUCCAUUGGUGAUGUUUGGGGAAAAUUUGUCUACAAUGGCAUUAUUGGUAGCUGCUCAUUAUUUGAUGAUAUGAGAAGAGUACAACCAUGGCAUUUUACUUAUAACAUUUUACUUACUAUACUUUAUUUUGCCGUUCCAAUUUGUUUAGUAUGCCACUAUUAUUCCAAAAUAUUUCAAAUUGUUCGUAAAGCCCGAAGGCGAAUUAUCGAUCAGUUAUCUCGGUCAACAAAUCCACUAGUCAACAAAACCAAUGCUGCUGAUAUCAAAAUUAUUAUUCGAUUAGUUAUUAUCUGCUUAAUAUUUUUUAUUUGCUAUGUUUGUGUAUCGACGUUGAUUGCACUUAGUUUAUCCGGUAUCUUGAAAAUAAAUUUAUUCUAUGAGUAUAUUUUGGUUAUUAUGUUACAUGCAGAUUGUGUUGUUAUUCCGAUCAUAUUCCUAUCUCAAGACAAUUUUAGGGCUGUUCGAAAACGUUUUCGUUGUUUAUAA